AUGAAGCACAUGAAGCCGCCCUUCAUGAAGCACCGGAAAGCAGCCGAAUUACAAACCGGACAAUUACCCCUACUAUGGGACCAAAUUCCGAGAUUAACUGAAACGGAAACAUCGCCAUUUACACAGUUCAUAAUGUGGUCAUGGAGUGGAUCCAGAUAUUCUGGUUUGGUAUGCAUGGCGUUAUCGUCUUCUGUCUACUGUAUCAUGACAAUUCUUUCUAAUGUGUUCUCUGAAUGGGUUCUACCCUUUGAUGCCUUGAACAACACUCCUUGUUUGUUGCCUUCAUGGAUAUCACAAGCAUCUACUCGCCAAGGCAGGGCGUGUGCAACCAGGGGAACUCCUUUAAAUUCUCUUUGUUUGCAAAAAAAGUUUGGAAGUUGGAAGUAUCGGAGAGUUUUUAUCAGCUGCUUUGCAGCCUCCAGAGCCAUUAGCUGUAAAUAUAUGGCAAUACUUCCAUUGGAUCCGAAAUUAGGGAAAAUGCUGAUAAUGGGUGCUUUUUUUCGUUGCUUUGAUCCUAUUCUUACAAUUGUUGCUGGAAUUAGUGUCAAGGAUCUUUUUCUUUUGCCUCAAGAGAAGAAAGACGUGAGUAAUCCAGCUACUUUCACACAAGGGCAUUUUGGUCUUUUCCUGAUAUCUUUUGAUGGAAAGAAGUUGAAAGAGAAGGAUCUGCUUAUGAAUAUUGCUGGAGGAAUUUCCUUUCUGCUCAAACACUUCAAGCUAUACAUUCUUUAA